UGUCCUAAACGGUUAGCAGCAGCAUCAGUUAGAAAUAUUAUCCAGCACCUUGUAGAUAUAUUAGAAUUAGAGGGAAGAGGAAGAACUUACGAUGAAUAUUGUGGGGUUGGAAACCCAGCUGCAUCAGUUCAAAUUAAAGCUUAUUUGAAAUGUGUUCAAGAAGAGCAAGCAAAAGCACAUAUUCUCCCAAAGCAGGCAAAACCAUUCUUUUUAACAAAACUUGAAUCAAUAUCAAAGUAUAUAUGUAGAGAAUUAAGGAGGUCUGACUUAAAAUCAAAGGAAAGGUUUGUCUUGACAAGAGAUCAAGCGCUAUUUAAAUUACAGUUUUUUGCUGGUGACAGGGCUAGUGACAUAGCAAUUACUUUAUUGCAAGAAGUGAAAUAUUUAAGAAAAAAAGAUGGGUUUGCAUUGAAUCAUACAUUUGGAAAAACUCUUAGGGGAAAUGGAAAAACGAAUACAUUUGUAUUAAAAUGCUGCCCAAAUGAAAUCAUUUGUCCGGUUAGAGGAUUGGAGAUAUAUUUUGAAGAGGCAAAAAGAUUAGGGAUAGAUAUGUCUUCAGGGUAUCUUUUUAGAAUGGUGACCGAGUCAGGAAGGGUUAUUAAUGAUCCAAUGUCUUACUCCUCUAUAUAUGAAAGACUAAAAAGUUAUUUGAUUACUCUAGGGAUCUAUGAGGGUGAGACACCACAUAGUUUAAGAGCAGGUUGUGCUGUGCAUAUGUGUUUUUCUAAUGCGGCACAUAAUGUUAAUGAUCUUAUGAACCAUGUUGGAUGGGCUACAGAAAGCUCUGCAAAAUAUUACAGUAGAUAUGAAACUUUGUUAGAUGCAUCACAUACUGCUACAAGGUUAGCACAGUCUAGUGAGAGAGGAAAAGAAAUUGAAAAUAUGUUUAAAGAAAAUGCAAAUUUUGAUGACUUGACAUCUAUUGGUGAUCUUUAGCGCAUUUUUUGUUUUUUGUGUAGUGUGUGUGAAAUGUGAGGUUACAUAUUGUAAACAAAAGUAAAU